AUGUCGCACCAGACCAACGCCACGGCGCCGCUUGACGAAUUGAACGACACCAUUCGCGAGGGCCAAUCGGCCAACUCCAUCCUCCGAACCAUCGAAAAUGCAAGCGAGGACGUCGACAACUCGACCGAAGCCGGAAGCUUCUCCCAAGACUUUUUGGGGGCUCUUGCCAGAGCCAUGCACAACAAAAUAAGCGGGGGCAUUGUGGCCUUUGUCCUCGCGCUCAUCCAGAUCAUCGAAAAGUGGAUCAGCAAAGCCAUCAAUUCGGGCCUCAGCUCGGUUGCGUUUGCACUCCAAAAACUCCAGCGCACGUGCAUUCAGCAACUCGAGUGUCGUUCCGUGAAGUACUGA